AUGGUUACGCUUGGAAGUAGGGUCUUCCGUGGGAAGAAGGAACAAGAAGCCUUUGACAAAUCAUUUGCUGGGAGAUACCAAAAGAUGCUUCGGAAAAAUCAUUUCCUUUAUUUUGGACUUCCAUUCAUUCUACUGAUUGUUGCAGGUUCGUUAUAUCUACGUAAAUUCACUAGUUUGAAAUGGGAACGAUACGAUGAGAAAUACCGUCAAUGUGGAGAGGAAGAAAUGUUGAAUAUGAUUGAGAAUAAACGAGUGGUGAACAAGAGAGAUGAUUAUUAUCGAUUACAAGGUUUACUCAGUGAUCAUUUGGACAAGGAAGUGCAAUCAAAUGAUGAUUAUGAUAUAGUUAGAGUUAAGAGGAAGAAGGAAGAUGAGCCUGUGUGGUGA